AUGUCGGCGUCGAAGCUUGAGAAGAAUGUGGCCAAUCUGGAGCGGCGACUGCGCCAGGAGUUUCAGGCAGAGUUGAGCGCCAAGCUGCAGCCGUGCCUGGCGAGAUUGGCCGCCUUGGAGCAGCGCCUGGAAACCGAGCUGCAGAACUGCGGCAACACGGCGACCAUGCUACGUGUGGACGUGGAGGACUCUUCACCAAAGCCACAUCCAAUGCUCACGGAAAAGCCGCCGCAAGGGGCAAAGGGAGACACGGACGACUUUGAGGUCGACGGCCCCGCUGAAGAUGCCAUGGACUCUGCCAUGGACCCCGUAGCCUUCCUGGAGACAACCUGGAACUUGGUCCUCGUUGCAGGCCAUGCGAGUGUGGGUUGGAUUGAUUUGGCUAUUGCCUGGCUGCUGCUCAUUGCAAGCGCCGGGAUGCAAAUCACCUUCAGCGUGAUCUUGCUGAGCCCUUCUUUCCUAGGGGAGCCCUUCGACGAAGCCCAAGUGGAGGUGGCCAGAAAAUGGAGGAACAGCGUGGCUCACGAUUCGAAGUACAUGGACCUUGCCCGGACCAGCCUCACUGCCCGAGUCUGCAACAAUGACGGUGGCCUCAUCCUAUCCAAUGCCCAGGCGGCCUUGGUUGAAAACAUCAACAACUUCCUCGGGCUUGACGACGGCCAGAUCCAAGCAGAAGGCUUUCGGCCGGGCAUCUUGCUGUCGAUGCUUUGCAUUUUGUUGUGGUGCCUCUAUGUUGGAAACGAGUUCCGUACGAUCGGGCUCUCGCUGGAGGCAGUUGGGCAAAUACCAAGGUCCGCAAAGACCAGAUACCACGACGGAAGGUUUAAGACCAUGUCCUACGUGCGCUUCUGGUCCUACUGCGGCCUCCGUCUCCUGAGGGCCGGGAUUGCAGCGGCGUUGCUGUACGCCGGGGUUCUCUGGCUUGGCGGGACGACGUCGAUUGAGGACUUGAUCUUGAACGCGGUAGCUCUGGGCGCUAUCCUCCAAGUGGACGAGAUGGUCUUCUCCGCCCUGAUGCCCAAGAAGCUUCAGCUGAAGAUUCAGGAUCUUGAGGCCAUCAAGGUACGCUACAGCCGCCGCCGGAGUCAGGCCGAGUCGGUGCUCAUCCUGCUUGUCAUGGCAGGGCUUCUGAUGUGGCCCUGGUUCAGCCUCUUGCAGCCACUGGGCCGCACCAUGGAGGCGGUGAAGCGAUCGUACUGCGACGGGAAUCAGGAUUUCGUUGUGGCGCUGAAUGAGGACAUGCAUCUGACUGUAAGCUUCCCCACGGUGCCCUUUGGGGACGUCGGAGGGAAGACCGUGAGCCAGCUUGCGGUUGAGGAUGCUCUCUUCAGAGACGAGGGUGAUCCUGGGAAGUACCUCCUCAUGCAGACUGACAUCCAGCGCUUCGAGCAAGCCCGGACGACGCUCAUGAGUGAAGCUGCAGCAGAAGUCCGCAGCUGGUGCCAGAACUUCGAUCAGUUUUUCCUGCCAGAGACCCCUCCUCCAGGGUUCGCGGGUUACUAUGCCCCGCACUGGUACUCAGCUGCAGUGGGGCACGACUUGCCGGAGAACAGCUCCUGCGAGGAUAUGGCCUACUUGUGCGAUGUGGACUCUGGCUCCCUGGUCCGCUUUGUAUGUGGGCAGACCUGCUGCUCUCGAGCCAACCGACACAGCGCCUGGUACAAGGUGAAAGCCACAGGUUGUCCAGCUGGGUGCCUACAGGAGGCGGAUGAGAACCCUGCUGCUGCCUGCGUGGACGUUCCGGCAAAUGCAACGCCGUGGCAGGCUUUUUGGGAUCUGUAUCCCAUCGCGAUUGAGAAUCACACCGGCCAGUCUUUGGCCAACAACACCGUUGGCACACAGAUUGCGGAAAUGGUGCAGACAAUGAAGGUGGAGGGCUGCCCCGCAUUGAACACCAGUCGUUGGGGUAGGGAGGUGGUGAUGAAUCUCAGGUGGUGUGAAGGCUUCGAGCCGCUCUUUGCACCCUUGGCCAGGCUGUGUCCAGAGAGCUGCGGAUGCGCCAACCUGGCUGAUCCAUCACAGGCACCUCCUGGCUGCCCGAGCUUCUGCACCCCGAGAUGUGAGGACAAGACUUUCCCGGCGAUCGGACCGGUCUCCACGUGCGCGGAAGGAGCGGUGCUCGGCUGGUGCUUCGAUGCGGGCUUCGCGGCGCUCUGCCGGAAGAGCUGCACCGGCUGCUAG